UCUGGGUGCAAUGCAGCUUCCUCCUUCCUCGCACAUACAAACUAGGCCAACAGCUGAAGAUGGGGGAAGAACAACAGAGUUGCCUGGAGAGUGAGGUUCUCUCAAAAUAAAAGUGUUCACAAAUUCUAAAGUGAACCCACUCAAAGCUCACCUUCCAAACGUUAGAUGAGCUCCAUCUAUCUAUCCUGUUAUCAGGAUAGUCACAACUAAGUAUAAGUGCAGGAAAAACUUCAUGCAAGCUUCUCAGCAAACUUCUGCUAUUUUCCUCUAAUUCAGCUUCCUCACAUUGGUUACACCACAUCUGGCCUCUCAAGAACUACUUAUUUGGUAGAAUAUUACCAGUUCUGCAAAAGAAAAGAGUUAAACAACUUCACCAUUUUUAUUUAAGAUGCCCAAGAGCCUGGGCAUUUUAUAUCUCCUGUUAGCAUCUUCUCAUUCCUGCCUUCAAACCAAGCAGAAUCAUGAUGAUGAAAAAGAUACAUCUAGGAAUAUCACUUCUUGCUCGGAGCAUGUGAAGGAUCUGAAAAUCUACAGUCCAUUAUCAGAAACCACCAUAGGCAGAAAUAUAACACUGGAGUGCAGAUCACAGAAAGGUUGUCUGCCAAUUAACUACACGUUAUUUUUGAACGGAGUGAAGAUACAUACUAUAAUCAAAAACAAGACAGAAGAAAAGGUUGUAUUCACUGUCACUGUCAAUUCCAUCAGUGAUGUGGGUGAAUACAAAUGUAGAGCUCAAAAUAGAUUUAACAGUGGAUGCAAGUACAGUAAUGGUUUUAACUUUACAUUGAAAGAUCAGUCCAAGGAUGUCAUUUCUUGCUCAGAUCCUGUGAGUGAUCUUGAAAUCUACAGUCCUGUUUCAGAAACUGAAGUAGGUGGGAAGGUGACACUGGAGUGCAAAUCAACAGCCAGGUGUCUGCCAAUUAACUACACCCUGUUUUUUAAAAAAGACAAAGCACUACGGCGUGCAACCAAGAACAAGGAGGAAGAAAGGAUAGUGUUUAAUUUCACCAUCAAUUCCACCAGUGAACUGGGCGAAUAUAAAUGCAGAGCUCGAAACAGAUUUAAUUAUGCACCCAAUAACAAAUACAGUCAUGGCUUCAACUUUACACUAAGAGAGGCAGCAGCAGAAGAAAAGAACAAACUAGUUGUGUUCAUUGUUGCUCCUUUGCUCCUGCUGUUGUUGCUGAUAGUAAUCGCUGUAGCAAUUCCAUUGAUGAUCCUUCCUUGGUGUAAAGCAAAAAACCAGAAGCCGGCCAGCAAAUCUACCCAUUACACCCCAGCUAAUCACCUCAGCUCACAAGCAUGUGCAACUUAUGAAGAUGUUGGUAAAACUGGAAAUAUUCUUUUCUCUUUUCUCUUAUUUCUUGCAUUCCAUUCAGCAUUCCAUGGAAAAGGUGAAGAAGUUGAGUACUGCAAUCUGAACAUUGGAACCACAGAGACAGACUGCAGAGAAAGGAUCCUCACUGAGGACAGUACAGUGAGCUAUGCUGAGAUCAUUGUCAGAAGAUAAACAAGCGUUUUUUGUUCUGGCUCCCAACUACUCUCUUGUCUUUUGAAAAGACAGUGCCUCCUGGUGAAUGCAUCAGAAAUGAAGCUUUGUGAUUUACACUGAGGAGCCAUGCUGAAAGGAAGAUAUA